UCCACAGAGGAGACAAACGGAAGGAGAAAGGAGGGCAGAGAGAAAGGAGAGCAACUCGAUAGUCUGCUCUAGUCUUCCAGCAAUAAAAAAAAACAAUAGUUUACAAGAAGAUGAGAUGCCAUCUGAGAGGUUAAAAUCCUGCGCAGGUUUUGAGACGUUUUUUGGACUCCACGGUUUUCUUUGAGAAACAUUUUAAUCCCUCCCUUUACCACUCCGAAAACAGUCCCAACUCGCUGCUUGCUAUAUUUUAUUCAUUUUGCUUUUUGAGAGACGUAUCACUUAUUCAUUUGCACGUAUUUUGGAUUUUCAGCUUGUGUUUCUUGCAUCCGAAUCCACUUUGUAAACGCCAAACUGCUGGUCUGCUGGAGCGGAUCGGACAGCAGUGGCUGGCUGCGCAGAGGAGCUGUCCGGUGCUGAAACCUGCAGGACACUGAACAGGAACUGUUUGAUGAGUAAGACGUUAGAAAUCGACUAUUUAACGUGAACUAACAGGAGAAACCGACAAUUGUAAUGGAGAAAACACCCAGGAAACGAGUUAUAUUUCUAUUCUAGAUACAUUAGAGCUCCACAGGUCUUCCAGAGUCAAUUUUUAACUAUUACACGUAUCUGCUACUGAAAACCAAGACGUACAGGAUAAAUACCUGGUUUGGGUUUUUUUAAGAGCAUUUUUUUGACGGCAUAGGAAGCCAAACUAUUAUUUAAAAAAAAAAAAAUCAGCUUAUUUCCAUCACUGGGUUCAGACGUAGGUCUGGAAAAAGAAGACAAGCGUUUAUUAAUCGUAUGAGUGCAGCAGCAGUGACUGUCCCACCAUGCCUCGAUCUUUCUUGGUGAAGAAAGUCAAACUGGAUGACUUCUCGGCUGCUGAGCUGGAAAGCUCCUACAGUCACAGCCGAAGAGAGGAGCUCAGUCUACGAUUCCAUCACCAUGACAAAGGUUACGUCAGUGAUUAUCUAAGUCCUAAUCCUUAUGAUGAAGUUGUUGGAAGUGAGUCAUCAGUCAUCUCUAAAGUGCCCUCUCCGAGUCACUCAUCAAUCAUCUAUGGCCACAUUAACAACACCUAUUCAGGUAUUCAUGGUGACAUCCAUGGGGACUCAGACCAGCCGGACAGUCCGAGGUCUGAGGUCUCAUCUUCAGCAGGCGGGUACAUUAACGGAGAUGCAGCUGUGAGUGAAGGAUACACAGUAGAUGCAUUCUUCAUCAUGGAUGGACGAUCGAGAAGGAAGGUUGCAACAAACCCUAGAGGAGCCUCUCAAAGGCACACAUGCAGUGAGUGCGGCAAAACCUACGCCACGUCCUCCAACCUAAGCCGCCACAAGCAGACACACAGAAGCAUUGAUAGCAAGAUGGCCAAAAAGUGCCCCACAUGUGGAAAAGUGUAUGUCUCCAUGCCCGCCAUGGCCAUGCACUUGCUCACCCAUGAUCUCAAGCACAAAUGCGACGUAUGCGGAAAAGCUUUCAGCCGACCGUGGCUGCUACAGGGUCACAUGCGUUCGCACACUGGAGAGAAGCCGUUCGGAUGUGCACACUGUGGGAAAGCUUUUGCUGAUCGUUCAAACCUGCGCGCCCACAUGCAGACUCAUUCAGCCUUUAAGCAUUACAAGUGCAAGCGGUGCAACAAGACGUUUGCACUCAAGAGUUACCUGAACAAGCACUAUGAGUCCGCAUGCUUUAAGGGGGCUUUUUCCCCGAUGAGCUCACUGAGUGAAUAAGGAAUUCAGAAAGCACAUCUAGAAUUUAUUUACUUAACUUACAUCUGAUUUUUUCUGCUUUACCCCAAAUGAUGAACCGGAGUACAACAAAUGAGGAGAUUUUUUAUCUUAUUUCAAACCCCCCAGUUAUUCUUAUUUCAUGGUUUAUUGAAAAGUUUGAAAGAACUUCAAAUGAUUUAUUUCACAAUGAGGUUCUGUUGAGUAAACAGAGCACAGCACAUCUAGGGCUUCAUAUUUUGAAGAAACCUAGAUGUAUUUAUGUCCAUAUCAAUCCACGUCAAUUUUUUCUAGCCAUGAUGAAAUAACACAAAAGCACAAUUGCUCCUCCAUGUCUUUGUCUUUCUUAAGAGUUUAUAUGAUCAAGCACAGAAACCAAUCUCUUGCAGAGUUUCAUCAAAACAAAUUAUUUUCAGCUUUUCUUUGAUACAAAGCUGAGGAUGCUUCUUGUAUCUUAUUUUUAGUGAGGCUGACUCUGACUGACUUUCAAGAAAAUACAUGCAAUUCAGAAGAAAAUAUAGAUUCAGCUUUUUAAAAGGAAAUAUUAUAAACAGGUGCAUCUCAGUUUAAUAGAAGUGAAACUCAUAUAGUAGAAUGGUCCCUUUCUAAUUGUUUAGAGGACAAUCAUUGGUAUCCAGAGUAUGCUACAGAAAGAGGCCUGCUGUUCACAGAAAGUUUUAUCCGGACAUAUUGACAGAAAACUGAAUGGAUGGAAAAAGGGCAGCCUUUGCAAAGUCAUUAAUUAUUCUUUACUUUCAGAGCCAACUCAAACAGAUUUAAUCAUGACAAUAUGAACUAAAGUGAACACUUGAAAUCCACCAUAUCAUUUCAUUCUAUUAUUCAAAUAGUUAUUCCAGCCACUGCCAAGUAUCUAGGCACGCAGACACCUUCUACCCAUGUACUACCAUAAUAGGAUGUCAGCAGUGUGGUAAGCCCAGUCUUGAAAUUUCCUCACAACAAAACAGCAGCUUAAUUCAAGCCAUGAUGUAAAGCACACAAUUACUGGACUAUAGAGCAGUGUUCACUGUAGUUGUGGAUUUUGUCUCUUUGUGUGUCAAUCAAUGGACUAGUCUGAGUUUAAUAUUUUUCUCAGCCCCAGGAACUAUUAAUGCUUGAGCAUUUCAUGACAUUUUGGACAAUUUAUUACCACUAUCUUUAUAACAAAGGAUCAGAAAAUAAAUCCUGUAAUUAUAUAGAUGUUGAAGGUUUGAUAUGAAAUAACUUGGUAAGCCUGACUGAAAUCUUAAAGGAAAUCUGUUCAAUAUAACUUUCACUUCUCCAACACCAGUAGCUACUGUAAACCCAUAAACUCCUGAAGGUAUGGUCAAAAUUUCUGGUAAACACUGGGAAACCUUACUAACAGAAGCUGUUUAACUGUGAAAAGUUGGUUAAGAAAAGGUUGAUGAGCAAAACAAAAAAAACAAAAAAAACAAAACAAAAACAAACAGUUUGUUUAACUCUUUGUGAUAAAUCAAUAUUAUAUAUGAGUUUCACUUUCCAAACUGGAUGACCAGAAGCAAUUACUUUUGAAUUUCCAUGAUUUUUUCCCCCAAUUUAUUCAGAUCCACUUGUAAUACUCUACACUAUUUUUAUACCACACCUUCAUCUGUAAUAAUCCUUAAACUAUGAUAAACAGUAAAAAAACACUCCUAAGGUUAAUUUAUUUAUUUGUACGGCAUUUUGUUGACCUUGAUUUGAGGCUGACUUUCUAGUUAAAUACGAUCAGCACCCAAUAAGCCAUCAGUGUACUCGAAAACAAAGUUUUCUUUUGGAUAAAAUUAAUGUUAAAAUUAUUUAAUUAUUUAGGCAUCAUUUUUUCAAAAGAAAUGUAGGCAUUAAAAAUGUCUGUUGUUCCCUUAAUAAGGUUAAACCUUUUCCAAUUUCUAACAUGAUGAAUUUGGAGCAACUCCGUUUUAGUCUUGUGUGUUUAUGUGUGCCUAUUUAUUUAUUUGUUUAUUUGAUUGUUUAUUUAUGUAUUUAUUGAUUCGUUCAUUCAUAUAUUUUGUAUUAUUUUGCACUUUAUUACAGUAUUUUUGCCUUUGUUACAAAUAUGCCAAAGCAUUUGACACUUUUUAAACUCUGGCUACCUUUUUAUGUUUGCCACUUUAAGUAUACAAAACCUUUGCAUGCAAAAAGAAUUAAAGAAACUAUGCUGAUUUCAAGAUUUUUUUUAUCUAUAUUUUACCAAACUUAGAUAACAGGCAAAUUAAGAAUAUGAUCUGUCAUGGGCAAUAUUCGUUCACAUCCAACAAAGCAAUAAUGCAUGAUGUUUAAAGAAGCGUUAGUCAUAACUGCUUGUAAUUUUUUUUUCUUUUUUUAGCAUUUAACCACUUGUAUUCUACAAUGUUGCAAGAAAUGACAUUUCAGGGAGUUAGCAAAAAAGUGUUGAAUAAUUGAUGGGUUGGGAUGAGAGCUCUAAAUUUACAGGAACUGUGCGUCUUGUGAUUCCUGGGAGAACUUUCUGAACUUAUUUUGGAUUGCAAACUGUUUAAUAUUUACAGUAAGACCAGAGUGAAUAUACCAUUUUUAAAAUAUUUAAUCUCUGAUACAAAGCCUGCUCUCCAGAAUGAAAUCCAAGUAUCGUUAACUUAUUGAUGACAUCUGUGUUAUUAUAAGAUUUUAAGCACUACUGGGACUUCUAGGAUUCACACACAUGAAUCAGCUCCUUUAUUUGGAGAGCUCUGGGUUGGGCGGAUCAUUUUGUACAUGGUUUAUGCACUGCCUGCCUUGUAUUAUUAUUCUAAGAUAUUGUAGAAAGUAGAAGGUAGAUCUCUGGUGCUGAAACAUAAAUUAAACUUUUCCAUGUGUUAUCAGGUUAUUGUCCCAAGUGUUAAUAUGUUUUUUAUUGGGAUUUUUUAUGAUAGAA